AAAGCUACUCAAAUUCUGCAACCCUAUGUAUGUGACUAUUUCUUGUUGCAUCGAUAGUUAGUGUGUAGCUCAUGAAAUGUUUAUUUUCAUGUUCACUGACCGUAUUUCUGUGUCUUCUGUCCCACAGGUGAACGAUGACCGAAUACAAGCUGGUGGUGGUGGGAGCAGGAGGCGUGGGCAAGAGCGCACUCACCAUCCAGCUCAUCCAGAACCACUUUGUGGACGAAUAUGACCCCACCAUCGAGGUAAAAAGUUAUUUCAGUACAACCAUGUGUCUUUUACUACAACAAGGCAUGCCUGGGAGUCAGGAGGCAAAGUUCCUUAAAAAUAAAUUGGGUACCAUUUUUGUGGCUGCCUGCUCCGCCUGCACAGGGGACUGCGCAGAGUUGCAUGGAAAAAUAACUGCAAUCAAAAAAAUCAUAUGUAUGUGCAAAUGCAAGUAAAAAUGUGCUCUAGAUUCUGUUAUUUGAAUGUAUGAAUAUAAUAUCAGAAGCAUGGUCUCCUUCAGUCAGUUUUAAAUUUGUAGGUUCAGUCAAAUUGAUAGAUGGCUACUUGAUGAAAUGCUUUAGUGGUUUGACAUGUCAUAAAUUAUUAAGCUGAAAGCUAUAUAUUUUAUGACUGCUUGAAGAUUGAAUGCAUUUCUUCCCUGGUGCACAUAUAGUCUCUUACCUGGUCAUCCCAUCCAUUUUCUUAGAUUCUAAUACUAUUGUAUUUCCUCUGGAACAUUAUCAGAUGAGCAUUCUAUGACCAUAUAGUUACGUCGAGGAUUUCUGAGCCCUAGUCAGGUAGACUGGACACAUAUGAAUAUGUGAUCAUUCAUAGGUGUCCAGUCCUGAACCAUCCAUCUCUCUCUUUCUUGCGCCCUCCUUCAGGACUCGUACAGGAAGCAGGUGGUGAUUGACGGGGAGACGUGUCUGCUGGACAUCCUGGACACUGCAGGUCAGGAGGAGUACAGCGCCAUGAGGGACCAGUACAUGAGGACAGGGGAGGGCUUCCUCUGUGUCUUCGCCAUUAACAACACCAAGUCCUUCGAGGACAUCCACCACUAUAGGUGAGCUAGGUUCUGCCACAACAUCUGAAGUACUGCUGCCGAUUGCACUGGUGGCGGUAAGCCGGACUGUAGUUAAACCAGCGGACUAUAGUUGUGCCAGCCGACUAUAGUUGUGCCAGCCGACUAUAGUUGCGCCAGCCGACUAUAGUUACAUCUGUUUCCAAGCAGACACAGUUGUGCCAGCCAUAUCCCAUCAAUUGUGUCAAAGCCAACAUCACUCUCUACCUGUACAACCCACUCUUUAACCAACCCUUUAACCAGAUUGUGUGUGAAAUCAAUAACCCCAAAAAGGAGUCCAUUCCGUACUUUGGACGACCAAAGCAUUGCACUGGUAUUUAACUCUUGCCUUCCCUGUCAUCUUUGUUCAACAGAGAGCAGAUCAAGAGGGUGAAAGACUCGGAAGACGUGCCCAUGGUGCUGGUGGGAAACAAGUGUGACCUGCCGUCCCGGACGGUGGACACCAAACAGGCUCAGGACUUGGCGCGCAGCUACGGCAUCCCCUUCAUCGAGACCUCGGCCAAAACCAGACAGGUGAGAGAUGGAGACAACAGGUCCUAACUUUGCACCUGGUAUAACUUUGCACCUUAGUAAAUCGAGCCCUUGUAGCUUGUAGUGUCGAGGGUAUUUGCUGGCGUGAACACAGCAGCCAUUCAACUGUUUUCGCCACAGAUCAAUUUUCAUUAUUGUAGCAAGAUUACUUCUUACCAGCUGUGUCAGGUGUCCAUGCAAUGGCUUUUUACAAUCAUGGCCACUUCAAUCUCACAAAAUGCUGUGGUCCUCUUUUGACUCCUGUGGUGCCUUUUUGAUUUGUGUUGGUAUCAAUGGCUAUAUAUAAUAUGUGCUCUGUUUCUAAAUGGUGCUUGGAAAUGUGUCGGGUAAUGUACUGUACAUAAUUAAAUUCCCUUUGCUUAAUUGAAUUCUUGAUUUAUGAAUUGCUGUAUCCGUGCAUGCUCUUCUGUCAUGGAAAUGUGGCAUUCUUUCACCAUUAGAGGCUCCAUAACGGAUCUGGCAUUGUUUUAAUCAACAAAUCAGUCAAUCUCUGUCACUGAAUCGUCACGACAGAGGGGAAAUUGUCGGUAAUUGUUGUGUGGCGGGGUGAUAAUCAUGCUUAAUGGACAGUGGGAUGGAAGUGAUUGUGUGCUGGAUGGUGCACUAUUGUCUGUUCUAUUAUGUGGUUGCUGGCUUGGCUUCAGUGGUGUGUGUCAUGUGAGGAUUUGCGUGGCUGGCUGGUGAUGUAUGUGGCGAUUUGUCAGUCGGUGGACCUUCUCCUGCUCUUUUUGCAUCGGUCCAAUCACAACUCCUUCUGGGGACACUGAUUGGUCUCUUCCAGCUCACUCCUCCAAUGGUCGUAUCGCCCAGCUACCUGGUGUUGCUCUUGGACUGAAAUCACGAAUAAUACACACACCACUUUCACACCUUUACAAUGACACUGAGUUUUAUGUUUGUACCUGUCAUUCCCCUGUGAAGUUAAAUUAUUAAUUAUGUUUUAAACUGCCAAAAAAAAAUGCAUCCUCAGAUUUAUACAUCAGCCCUAUACACAGCUAAAUGUAGACUUGGUCAACAUAGAAUGCCUAUACAAUGAGUGUACAAAACAUUAGGAACACCUUCCUAAUAUUGAGUUGCACCCACCUUUGCCCUCAGAACAGCUUCAGUUCAUCGGGGCAUGGACUCUACAAGGUGUCAAGCAUUCCACAGGGAUGCUGGCUCAUGUUGAUUCCAAUGCUUCCCGCAGUUGUGUCAAGUUGGCUGGAUGUCCUUUGGGUGGUGGACCAUUCUUGAUACACACAGGAAACUGUUGAGUGUGAAAAACCCAGCAGCGUUGCAGUUCUUGACACACUCAAACCGGUGCGCCUGGCACCUACUACCAUAUCCCGUUCAAAGGCCCUUAAAUCUUGCCCAUUCACCCUCUGAAUGGCACACAUACACGAACUGUCUCAAUUAUCUCAAGGCUUAGAAAUCAUUUUUUUAACCUGUCUCCUUCCCUUCAUCUACACUGAUUGAAGUGGAUUUAACCAGUGACAUCAACAAGGGAUCAUAGAUUUCACCUGUAUUCACCUGGUCAGUUUGUCAUGGAAAGAGCAGGUGUUCCUAAUGUUUUCUAACACUGUGAGGGAACACAGUCCACAUAGUGUCCCUGUAUUCCCUAACACUGAGGGGUCAACAGUGCCCCUGUAUUCCCUAACACUGAGGGGUCAACAGUGCCCCUGUAUUCCCAAACACUGAGGGGUCAACAGUGUCCCUGUAUUCCCAAACACUGAGGGGUCAACAGUGUCCCUGUAUUCCCUAACACUGAGGGGUCAACAGUGUCCCUGUAUUCCCUAACACUGAGGGGUCAACAGUGUCCCUGUAUUCCCUAACACUGAGGGGUCAACAGUGUCCCUGUAUUCCCUAACUGAGGAGAGCUGUGUUUCGCACUGCAGAGAGUGGAGGAUGCCUUUUACAGUCUGGUACGGGAGAUCAGGCUGUACCGGCUGAAAAAGCUCAGCAAGGAAGAAAAGACCCCGCGCUGCGUCAAGCUUAAAAAAUGUGUUGUAAUGUGAAAGGGGUAAGUGUAUAGCGUCCGCGCUCCCUCACGUCCGUCAGGUGUGUAUUUGUGGUGUGUGUGUGGGAGGGUGUCGUCCGUGUGGUACCGAGCAGGGGGAGUGGUGCUCCUUGGUGGGCGGGAUCCAUCUCUUUUUAAGCUAACCUCCUGCUGUGGGAUCUCCUUGAAACCAGGCGUCCAUCUUAGUUUCUCCUCCUGUGGUAUCUGUAUCUCUGUGUGGGGUAUGUUUAUACUAUCGUGGGUGAUGAUCAUUCUGUAAUCUGCUCAACUGAGACAAAUCAGUGGUGCGAGAGGAUGGAGCUGGUAAGAUUGGAUCUGUGUGAUAUAUGGCGAUUGUGAUAAUCUGGGCAGAAAUGAAGUCUUGAAAUGGUGACUAAGGACGUGUGAUUACGGAGAUGUUCCACUGAAGUCCUGUGGCAACUGCGUGCAUUGAUGUCACGCACAACUCCCUUUGUUUCUGUCUUUCUCUCUCUUGUUCUUACUCUCCAUCUCACAAUCUGAAAUGACUUUGUCACCCAUUGUAUCAGGAAGGAAAUCAAUGUUGUGCUCAGUGAAUGGCAAAGACCUGGUUAUUUUUGGUCCCUGCCUCUCUUUGUGGCACCAUUGAUGUAGCCAUUGUCUUUGCUGUUGUCUGCUGGGCCAGCUCAUGCCACAAAUCCACCUACCUACGAAUCAAUACGCAAUGAACACAUUUGUAACGCAAGUUUGCAUCUAGUCUACAUACUAGGAGUGCACACCGAAAUUGCCACCCUAUUCCCUAUAUAGUCAAAAGUAGUGCACUAUAUUGGGGAAUAGGGGUGCCAUUUCAGACAUUUGCAUCUGACCAAGCUUUCAUGUUAGUCACAGAUGAGAACAUAAGUGUUUUUGAGAAGAGUUUUCAAAACAAACCUUAACUUAUCUUUUUAUUUUUAUUUCCCAAGGGUGUCGAUGAUGCGUUUUACACAUUAGUGCGGGAAAUCCGAAAACACAAGGAGAAGAUGAGCAAGGAGGGCAAGAAGAAGAAAAAGAAGUCCAAGACAAAGUGUAUACUCAUGUGA